AUGGACCCCCGCAGCCUGCAAGCCCUGAUUGCCGGCGCGGCGCAGGGCGACCAUGCCUGUUUUGCCAAAAUUUAUGAACGCACCCAUACGCAUCUGUUUGGCGUCGCCGUUCGUAUAUUGGGACAAGGACAGGCGGCCGAAGAUGUGCUGCAAGAGGCGUAUGUGAGCAUCUGGAAAAGCGCAGCCGGCUACCGCAGCGAGGUGGACGGCCAAACCAUUCAACCCAUGACGUGGCUGAUCGCCAUCGUCCGCAACAAGGCGCUGGACGCCUUUCGGGCACGCGCGCGCCGCAAGGAAAGCGAACUGCCCGAAUCGGGCGACGUGGAUGAAGAAGACAGCGAAAGCACUAUGGCACCCGCCCCCAGCGCCAUGCAGCUGCUGGAGCAGGCCACCGAAGCCCUGCAUAUUGCAGGCUGCAUGAACGCGCUGGAAGGCAGCCACCGGCAAAGCCUGGCGCUGGCCUAUUACCAGGGCCUGUCGCACAGCGAGGUGGCCGCGCAGAUGGGGGCGCCGCUGGGUUCGGUGAAAGCCUGGAUACGCCGCGGCCUGGAGAAACUCAAGGGCUGCCUGGCCGGGCAGGGGGUGGUGGCAUGAGAUACACCCACCCUGAAUUGCUCGAGCACCUGGCCUCCGCUUACGUGUUGGGCACGCUGGCCGGCGGCGCGCGGCGGCGCUUUGAACGCCUGCAGCGCGACCGCGCCGACGUGCGUGUGCGUGUCGCCCAAUGGGAGGCGCGCCUGGGCCAGCUGGCGAUGUCGGUGCCGGCGCAUCAGCCUUCACCCCGGGUGUGGGCCGCAAUCGCGGCGCGCACGCAGCCCGCAGGCACGCGGCAUGCGCCGCAGGGCAAAGCCGGCUGGCUGGGCUGGCUCAAACCGGCGGGCUUUGGUGUUGGCGGCCUGGCAGCGGGCGUGAUCGCGGCCAGCGCGUUCUUUUUGGCCAUGCCCACCUUGUUCAUGUCCAGCGACCAGCUCGCGAUGCGCUCGGGCGAACGGCUGCCGCAAAGCUAUGUGGGCCUGCUGACCGACGCCCAGGGCAACGGCAAGCUGCUGGUCAGCUCGCUGCGCCACGGCAAGACCAUGACGGUCAAGGUCAUAGGCCCGAUCACGCCGCCCGCCACCGGGAAGCUGGUGCUGUGGGCCGUGCCAGCCAGCGGCCCGGCGUUUUCGCUGGGCACGGUGCCGACCAGCGGCUCGGCGGUGUCCAUGCUGCCCGACACCUCGGAAAAACUGCUGUCCAAGGUCGGCAAGCUGGUGGUCACACUGGAAACCGAGGCCAACCCGGCCAAACCCGGCGAGACCGUGGUCUUCAGCGGCAAUUGCGCCAAGCUGUGGUGAACAGGCCGGCGCGCGCAGUGGCGGUUUUCUUCACGGUCCUGCUGCUGGCCUACCUGGCCAUCUGCGCGGCGCUGUUUGUGUACCAACGUUCCCUGAUCUAUUUCCCGCAGCCGAAAUCAGGGGAUGCGGCCACGACGGUGCAUUUCCAGGUCAAGGAUGCUGAGCUGGCGAUCACCACCCGGCAGGCGGCCGGGCCCAAGGCCAUGGUUUAUUUCGGCGGCAACGCCGAAGACGUUUCAGCCAACCUGCCGUCUUUCUCGGAAGCCUUUCCAGGCCAUGCCCUCUACCUGCUUCACUACCGGGGCUAUGGCGGCAGCAGCGGAAGCCCCACCGAGGCGGCACUGCAAAGCGAUGCCCUGGCCUUGUUCGACCACGUGAGCAAGACGCAUGCGGACGUCACCGUGGUGGGAAGAAGCCUGGGCUCGGGCGUGGCCGUGUGGGUCGCAAGCCAGCGGCCGGUGUCCCGCCUGAUCCUGGUGAAGCCUUACAACAGCCUCCAGGAACUGGCCGCGCAACGUUUUCCCUGGUUUCCCAUCUCCUGGCUGCUGGUCGACAAGUUCGAAUCCUGGAAGUACGCGCCCAAGGUCACGGCGCCCACGCUGCUGAUCGCCGCCGAGCAUGAUGAGGUCAUUCCGGCGGCCAGCACCGGCAAGCUGCAUGCGCGCUUCAACAAGGGCACGGCCGCGCUCAAGAUGUUGCCGGGGACCUCGCACAACACGGUUUCGCAGCAUCCGCAGUACCUCGCGCUGUUUCAAUCGAUGCUGUGA